AUGCAUGGAUUGUCGUACGAUAGUUUAGGAUUGCCAUUGAAUGGCUGCUUUGAUCUAGGUGUCGAGGUGUCAAGGAGCACUGAUUGUAAGGGCACCGAGGGCACUUGUUGUAGGAGUGCUGAGGGCACUGAAGAAGGAGAAGGACAUAACCUUUUUGGUGGAUUCCCACAGAUGGCGCCAGACUAUUUAUGCUCAAAACUAGAUGACCAGUAG